AUGUCUGAGUUUGACGGCGUCGAACAGACAAGGUUAAAAAACCCUGGUGAGAACUCUGGCGAUAAUAGGCGGAAUGCUUACAGCAUUCAUAAAGGAGACCAAGAAAAGAUGGGACCCACAGCUGUUUAUCAGUAUUCCCAAGUUUUACAAUUAGAGCACGCUGUCACUAACUUUCUGGAGUAUUUCAAUAAGAUCAUACAGCUGUCUCCAAACUACAAAGUGUAUUUGGAAAAUGUUGAUACGCUGCAAGACACGAGUGUUGAGAUACUGCCCGCGAUGUUGAGGCAUAAACUCAAGUGCGCAGCAGAAUUGGCAUCUUUGAAUGAGCUAGGCAAACUACCUCUUCUGGAUGAACUCAAUAGCUACGAAGAUAAGUUUUCGAGUGAAGAUAGAAAGCCAGUUUUGAAAGAGCUUAGGGAAAAGGAUAUCAAGAAGCUCUCUGCUUCGGUCAAUAACGAAAUGGUUCAACAUUGGAGUGAAGUUUCCAAAAAAUCCCAGGAGGAUCAAGAAGAAGAAGACGACGAAGAAGAGGAUGGAUAUGAACCUGAUGAGACCAAGAAAAAAUGGCCUCCAAAAUUACCAGAAAUCAAAAACUCCGCCAUCAAAGCUCGCGUAUUCAUCCAUAAAUCUAUUAUCAACGACAAACUUUACUUAUCCGAACAUGACAUGAUCAAGGCUCACAACGAACGUUUGGAAUUUCUUGGUGACUCUAUCUUGAAUACAACCAUAACCAUGAUCCUUUAUAAUAAGUUUCCACAUCUCAGUGAAGGGCAACUGUCUAAGCUCAGAAUGAAGCUUAUUAGUAACGAGCGCCUAAAAAGGUGGUCCUUCCUGUACAAAUUUAACGAAAAGCUAAGGACGAACAUAGACAAGAAUUGCGAAACAAGUGAAUUCAAGCAGGGCAAACAGAAGCUGUACGCCGAUGUGUUUGAAGCCUACAUAGGUGGUCUGCUGGAAGAUGACCCCAAGCACAACUUGCCCAGAGUACGGAAGUGGUUGAGUAAACUUGCCAUGCCUGUUAUAGAAGACGAAAUCAAAAAGGACGAUGACAUGGAUCUUUUGGAAGUUGACGUCAACGCCAAAAAAACUCUCUACUCUUUAAUCGGAUAUGCCGCUCUGAACCUGCAUUACAAGCCCGUCCAAAAACCCUCAUUUGAAAACCCGGUAGCGAUGGUUGAAUGUCGAAUCAAAGAUGGAACCCUUCUAGGGGUAGGCAAAGGCAGAAACAUUAAGAUAGCCGGUAUGAGGGCGGCUCAGCAAGUCCUGCUCAAUAAACCUUUAAUAGAAAAAUACGCGGGGCUCAGAGCAGCUGUUCCUAGAGCAGACUCAGUGGUGAAAAGACUGGCGGGCAGCAAAAGGUCUGCGGUAGGUGAUGAUGAAGUAUAUGAAGAUAACUCGGAUACGUUUCCAGUUAAGAAAAGUGAUUUGCGUCCCAAAGAAGAACAGCUGGGCACAUCGGAAAGUCGAAUAACGCCAAACGCCGACGGCUCCCUGAGCCUUAUAUAA